AUGGCUCAUAGAGCAACCACAAUAGUUGUGCAAAAACCUAACAGGAGGCUGUUUCUGGAGCCAAAUGCGUACGGUGAUGUGAGUGAUGGUUUUGGUGAGGAGAGAGGGGUCGGGUGUGGGAAGGAUGGACUGAGACGCGAGCAAUAUGAAGCAGGUGAGAACUUGGCAGAUUUUGGUGAGGAUAGGAGUGGUCCGUGGUCCCUCAGGUCAGCCAUUGACUUCCAGGGCAAGUGGGCCUUUGCCUUUCACAAGAUAGGAUCCAGCCACACCCUCUCCACCGUCAGGUUUCAGGCGUGGUCUCUUGAGGUAGAAACGCAUGACUGUAUUCCAGAAACUGGUGUUCCCAGAGUGUCCAAGUCGGUGAAAGAAAAGGUUUCACUGCCCUGUGGUUACAACUACUCUGUUGAUGAGCUGGCCAGACUCCGGAUCUACUGGCAGAAAGAGGGGAAAGUGGUGCUGAGCUAUGUCUCUGGGGAUAAAGAAGUGUGGCCCCAAUAUAAGAACCGGACUUUACUUGACAUCACAGACAACUUCCGUCUCAUGAUCCUGCGCCUGUUCCUGUCAGACAGGGGCUUGUAUACCUGUGUCGUUCAAAGGCAAGAACAAGGGUCUUACAUACGGAAGCACUUGGAAUCUGUGGAGCUGUUGGUCAGAGCUGACUACACAAUCCCUAAUAUAACUCACUUUGGAAAUCCAUCUGUGGACAUUAGAAGAAUAAUGUGCUUCUCCUCUGGAGGUUUCCCGAAGCCUGACCUCUCCUGGUUGGUAAAUGGAAAAGAAAUAAGAGGCAUCAAUACAACAAUUUCUCAGGAUCCUGAAUCUGAACUAUACACUGUCAGCAGCCAAAUGGAUUUCAACGUGACAUACAACCACAGCAUUGUGUGCCACAUAGCAUAUGGAGACUCUCAAGUGUCAAAGAACUACACCUGGGAAAAACCCCCAGAAGCCCCUCCUGACAGAAAUCACACAACCACAAUCUUAGUAAUUGGGCUAGGAGGAGUCUUUUUAGCAAUACCUAUAGCAAUCUACGUUAUGUACAGAUGUUUCAGAAGAAGGAAUGAGGCAAGCGAAAGAGAGAACAACAUCAUUUACCUAGGGCCUGUAGAAGUAUCGACCAAACAGAAUGUCUGA